AUGCUCCCAGUCGAAGAGGAUUAUGAAAGCGGCGCAUGCGUAACACGCCCACUUUUCCGACCCCCUACACCUGGCCCUAUCUUCAACAGCGCCGGAGCACUACUGAGUCAACCUCAAUUCAGUCAGAAUAAUAGCAGCUCUGCUUCUUAUCGAACCAGCAGGGACAUCGCGACCCUCCGGACAGACCAGUCAGAGUGGAUUUACUUGGAUGAAGUACCGUACGUAGCCACGGGCGAAAUUCCUCACCCUCAGCUCAAAAUUCCUAGUUCAGACGACGAAGAUCACUGCAAUUAUGAAAAUAUUGAUACGUCUAUCACUAGCGCACGGUCGCGAUUGUUAUCCGAGUCGAAUACAUCUUACAACGGCCAAUCAUCAACGCAUGCUCAGGGCUCCUUCCAGAAAUGCGUAGGCUCACUCACCGAAAGGUUUGCAACCUUUGCCAGUCCUACUGUGUUCCAAAAGCCACUUAGUUCAUUCCAGUAUCCAGAGACCGUAGUCUCUGGAUAUCAGUCUUGCAGCCGCUUCUAUGGUUGGAGGAUGAGCAUGUUGAUGGGUAGUUGCACGUCUGCCGCAAUACUGGCUUUCAACAUAGUCGUGGUCGUCCUCGUUGCAAUCAAGCCCGGAUUCAAUGGUGACACGGCUGUACUGCCGUUUACAUACGACUCAUUGAGUAGUGGUAUCCAUAUACUGAUUAAUGCGCUAAGCACUAUUUUACUGGGCGCCAGCAACUUUACGAUGCAGGUGCUUACAUCAGACAUUGAUAUAGCCCACUCUCAGGGAUCAUGGUUUGACAUUGGCUGUCUCAGCUCUCACAACCUACGAAAGAUUCCUCGUAGACGUCUGGCACUAUGUCUGACCAUGGGGUUGACAUCUAUCCCCCUACACCUAUUCUACAAUUCUGCAGCAAUAUUCAUUGCGUCGACCAAUGUGUGCAGUGUCUACGUUCUGAACGUCACUUCACCACAAUGGCAGGAUGUUUUGAGUAGUCCAAACUACACUGCACUCUCUAACCUUCAGUGGCAAAAGGCAUAUCAAUCACAAUUGAUUGACUAUGGUGACCUCUACCUUGCAAUCAACCAAACGGCCCUUAAAGCGGCGGAUGGUGAUACUGAGCACCCAACUUUAAGCUUUGACUCCAACUAUACGUGGGUCAUGCAAAACAUAUCAAGGGCGUUCGUCCGAAAGUUGAUAUUGAACGAGACUGACAAAAGUAUACUUUCCCGGAAUCGGAUUAAUAUGACUGCGUUCAACUCAGAUGGAGUUGGAAACGAACCAUACUAUGGACAAGUCACCGCUGCUCGUGCUCGCAUAGUCUCAUCGCGAAGCCGCAUCCAAAUCAGUCUUUGCUUUCUUAUCGUAGUCAUAAUAAGCAACGCGAUAAAGCUUGCAACAAUGCUCUGGGUAUUGUUCUACGAAGAGCCAGAGUUUCUUGUCACGCUUGGUGACGCAGCCACUUCAUUUCUCAAGAGCCCAGACCCACAGACGGAAGGGGUGUGCGUAUAUUCGAGGGAAGCGAUUCUCAUCGAGCAUGGCUCUGGGAGCAAGAAGUCUAAGCAAGGCAAUUUACUAAAAGAUAUCACCCACGACUCGUACGGGACAUGGAGAGAACGCUACCAUUCGUACUCUUUGUCGCUUGGGCGAGACCGGGAGGUUGGUUCCUCUUUCAUUUUUAUUGUAAUUGGGAGCAGCCUUCUUCUCUGUAUCACUCUUGCUGUCAGCGGCAACAUCAACGGCCAGUGGGGCACCAAUUCGACAACCAUGCUGGGUGGUCAGAGCAAGGCACGGAACACACUUCUUUUUGCCUGGUUGCCCAAUCUUCCUCAACUGGCCUUAUCUUUCUGCUAUCUUGUCCUCAACAGCGAGUGCACCUCCAUGGCUGGUGCCCGAGAAUGGAACCAACUCGGUGUUCACCGCAAAGGGCUACGGGUCACUAAUCCUAUGCAUGCUCAGCGCAGCACGUACUUUCUGCAGCUCCCGUACAAAUUCUCACUGCCUCUCACCAUCUUCAGUGGUGGUCUACAUUGGCUCCUCUCCCAAUCAUUGUUUCUCGCAAGGGUUGAUUACGUGGAUAACAAAGGUCAGCUCAUCGAGUCUGAGUCGCGAUUUGGCGUUUUUAUGUCAGGAUUGAGUUUCCUUAUACUCUGUCUCGCCUUCUACUUUCUUGUCGUCACGAUUGGGCUCCUCGGGCGUCGCCGAUUUAAAGGCCACAUCCCCUUUGCGGCUUCGUGCAGUCUGGUCAUUAGCGCUGCGUGCCAUCCGCCCAAGGGCGAUUGGGAGGCAUAUUUAAAACCGGUUAAGUGGGGUGUGGUGGAGGAAAGAAUGUUUGAUGACCAGCUUCAUUGUACGCUAACGUCGCAGAAUGUAGAGCAACCAGAAGAUGGAACUAGAUACCGAUAG